CUCAGACGCAUAGGCUGUGGGCGGAGUGUCCGUCACCGGUUGACCUACCAAACUCAUCUGUCAGCUGUGUGUCUACAUUGUAAAGAUGGCAGGAAACAACUCUUAUACUAUAGUAGAAUAUUUUGGAGGGGAUGAUGGCUACCGCUGCGGUUACUGCAAAAAUGAUAAGGGAAACUUCUCUCACGGAAUGUGGUCUCAUUCUAUGACCGUACAAGACUACCAAGAUUUAAUUGAUCGGGGAUGGAGAAGAAGUGGGAAAUAUGUUUACAAGCCCAUAAUGAAGAAGACAUGCUGUCCUCAGUAUACCAUCAGGUGUCAUGCACUGAAUUUCCAGCCUUCUAAAUCUCAUAAGAAAAUCCUGAAGAAAAUGAACAAAUAUAUUUCUAAAGGAGACCUGCCUGCAGCUCAGGAGGAUGGGGAGCCAAUGGAUUCUGUCUGUGAAGAUGCUGGUCCACGGGAACCUACUAAAGUCUGUCAGUCAGAUUUAAAAGUUGCUGCUCGCGCAGAUAUUAAAAAUGAAAUACCAAACUGUUCCGCUGCUGAAGAAGUUCAGAAAAACUCGGUGGAUUCUACAGCUGGAAGCUCAGAAAAUUCCCAGAAUGAUUCAGCUUCUGUCUCAGAAGGGGGAACAGAUGCCAAAGCUCCUAACCCAGGUAAGAAAAAGAUGCAUAGCUCUUUUUAAACAAACAUAAUUCCC